AUGUUCAUGGAACAUAUUUCUGUCCCAAAACCAGGCUCUACAGAAGAAGCGAAAAAACUAAAUAUAACCUACCAAAAAACAACGCUUAGAAUCACACAAACGGGAAAAAUACAAAAAUACGUUGAACAUGGGUUAAAGGCGUUUCAGGAUAAUUCACGCAACGAAGAAUUCGUAAAUAUUAUCCUAAUAUUAUCGGGUAAAGGACCAACGGUUACAAAAACGAUAACAAUAGCUGAAAUACUUAAACGAAAGACGAACAGUUCUUUACAUCAAUAUACACAGAUCGGAAGAAGUAACGCUAGAGAAAAUAUUGAUGAUGCCAUUAAUAAUAUUCUGAAUGGUGAUGAGGAUAGCGAGACCACUGUUAAUUUGAAUUAUGAUAAGGACGACAAUGG